AUGGACUACGACCCAGAUGGCGGCGCAAUAAACGUCCGCUUCCUCGAGGCAAACAGCCAGCGCGCCAACUUCAUCGUCCAGAACUUUAAUCUCGAAACCGCCAACUCGCUGCGCCGUGUGAUGCUCGCUGAGAUUCCCACCCUUGCCAUCGACGUCGUAGAAGUCUUCGACAACACAUCCGUUCUUGCCGACGAGUUCGUCUGCCACCGUCUCGGCCUCGUGCCCUUGUGCUCAAAAGGUGUCGAAGACCUGCUAUACUCGCGCGACUGCGACUGCGAAGGCUACUGCGACAACUGCGCCGUUGUCCUCACCCUCAACGCGAAAUGCACAGGCAGCGAGAUUAUGAAAGUGUAUGCGCGCGAUCUGGUGAUUGAGUCCCGGACACCGAAUGAGGAUGUAGGCAAGCCGGUCAUCACUGACUCAGAAGAGACGGGUAGUUGCAUUGUCAAACUGAGGAGAGGUCAAGCGAUCAGCAUGAAGUGCAUCGCGAAGAAGGGUAUUGCAAAGGAGCAUGCGAAGUGGGCACCGAGUGCGGCCAUCGGUUUCGAGUAUGAUCCGGCGAACAAGCUGCAUCAUUUGGACUACUGGCACGAGGAGGACGCGGAUAAGGAAUGGCCCAAAGACGAAGCUCGGAUAAACCUUGACGGCGGCCCACCCAACCCAGAUGAACCCUUCAACUACGACGCUGUUCCAACCCGUUUCUUCUACGACGUCGAAACAGUCGGUGGUCUUGAACCUGAUCAGAUUGUCACGCAAGGUAUCUCUAUCCUACAACGAAAGCUCGCCGAGAUUAUCAAAGAACUAUCCGGCGGUAUUGGAGGCCCAGAGGACUUUGGCGGUGCGCAGAGCCCAACACUGAACGGUGCUGGGUAUGGUGACGCCGGCGGAUAUACUCCAGUCGGAGCACCGGGAUACGGCGGCGCGAGUUCUUGGGGUGGCGCGGCACAAGGAGGUGCUACGCCGUACGGUGCUACACCAUACGGACAGAACUGGUAG